AUGUCUUUGGGAGUCUGCGCUCUGCUCAUCAUCCUAUGCAAUGUUUGGUGCUUGAUCCGUGGGACUUCUGUGAUGAUCCCAGAUGUUGCUGUGAGGUGUGCUGAGGAAGUGGUGCUGCCCUGUAAAGCUCUUCAGGACUCCUCAAUCUCCUACCAGACAGCAUCUUGGUAUAAAAUGGCUGAAGACAGUGAAAGAAUAGCAUGGGAAGUCCUUGAUAUGGAAUCUCAUUUUCCACGAGAAGCUGGGGGGUCCUUGGAGCUCUUCAAUGACACCUCCUUUUCACUGAGGAUCAAAAAUGCGACUGGCCGAAACAGCGGGACAUACAAGUGCACUUUGGGGGAGCAGAACGGAGCACGCAAUCUGAGCAGCACAGUCACGUUAAAAGUAACAGGUUGCCCUGGAAUAGAAGAGGAAAAACUAAAAAAAUAUAAAGGCGAGCUCUUCAUGCUGACUUGCCUUGGGAUUUUUUACUUGCUGCUCAUCUUCUUUACUUGUACAUGUCUAAGAAAAGAGAGUAUGUCUCCCAAUUACCAAAAAAGCAGACCAGAUAUGAAGCACAUGCUCACCCUCAUCAAUGUACAUGAAAUAACAACUUUCCAGCAUUUAAACAGUGACAGCACUUGCAAAAAUGAGCUUACUUCAAGUUCUGUCUAA